AAUAUCCCUGUGUGUGCGCUAAAAAUAAAAAUAAAAUAGUCAAUCAACAUUAAGGAAAAUUGUAUAAUUUAUUAUAGUAGUGUGUUAAAGAGAUAGUUAUUGAAAUAGAACGUGAAAUAAAGCAACAAAAAGUAGGUAAAUUGCUUUCUCGACAUUUCUCAGAAAUAUAAAGAUAAGCAAAUACAAAAGUGUCACGACGGACACGAACGAUGAAAGAAAAUUUUAACAUAAAUAAUAUAAAGACAGAACCAACAAUUACCAAUAAUAUAAUAAAAAUCAAGAAUGAUAGAAUACAUUCUUGAUAAAAAUACUUCUUAAAAGCAAUACAUGCAUAUACCAGGGACGAAGUGUGUGUAACAGGAACUAACAUACCUCACUGAUAAAACCCUUCUUCUGUAAUUCAAUGAUAACGAAGAGCUAUGGAAACGUACUAAACCAAUUAACAGACAAGAAUAAAAUGUAUGGUAAUAGGUAAUCAUUAUGAAAAUAAUGUAUGUACAUACAUAUAUAGAUUUGAUGGUUUUAAUAACAAAAACUAGUGAUUUAGAGCCUUCUAUGAGCAACAGUAAAAUAAGGAAACAUUCCAAACAUACUUUCAAGGUGAAAAAUUUUAUUCAAAUACUUAAACAUUGCACAUCAAUGUGUAUGUAUAUUAAAGCUUUCGUAGAAAUAUGGACAUACCAUUCAUGCUUAUUUCGAGAUAUCUUGUUGUUUCUGGGAUUUCCUUUGUUUUUGUUGGCUUUUGCGACUGUGCAAACUUACCAUUACAUUAUACGAGUGUGGAACGCUUUUACGAAUGAAUGGUGAGUUACGGUUUUAGAGUUGCCUUUGCACAGGUAGUCGGGGAAUCCGCAUAGUAUGAGUUGUGAGAAACAGCUCCAUUUGAACGCCUCGUGUUCGUCAUCGGAGUAACAUUUUUGAUAUUUUAUAUCAGAAAAAGAAUCACAAUUGAAAACAAAUUGCAAACAUCUGAAUAAAGUGAAUGUAAUUUAUAUUACUAAGUACUAUAAUUGUGGAAAUUUUGUAUUUAGAACGUAUACAUUAAAAAUUGGUAGAUUGCAGACAGGAACGCAGGAGGCUGAAAGUUUUAAAAACUAUUAUCAAGAGGACGAAGAAAUUAUUACAGGCAUAGCACUUUGUGAUAUCUGUUUUGUGAAAUAAUUGUAAAUUUCUUUUUACGUUGCCUUGCGAUAGGACUGUCAGUGCUAACGAAGAAUAAUAAUUUCACAUAUAGUGGUUCACAACAUAUUAGCGAAAUAUAGUUGGAUUUGUCUUUGUGUACUUCUCGAAUUCAUCGUCCAAAUUUUUAGCAGCAUUAUAGCUGGAGUAACUAUAUUUUGCAAGAUUGUGUACCAUGGCAGACGUUACUGACGCCAGUGGUGUUUUCGACCUAGAGCUGCAUGAGGAGGAAAACCCUCGAGAUUCGGACGAUGAUAGGAUCGAGUUGGAUGAUGUCGAUUUAGAACCCGAAUUAAGUAUAAACAAUAUUCAAGAAGAAGUUGAAGGACAGGAAACUAUACAGUUGUCAGAGGAAACUGUAAAUCCCGGUAAAAUAAAGCUAGGUCCCAAAGAUUUUGAGCUAAAGAAGGUACUAGGUAAAGGUGGUUACGGCAAAGUUUUUCAGGUGCGUAAAACUGCGGGAAGAGACGCCAACAAAUACUUCGCCAUGAAAGUCCUUAAAAAAGCCUCAAUAGUCACAAAUCAAAAAGAUACAGCACAUACUAGAGCUGAAAGAAAUAUAUUAGAGGCUGUAAAGGUAUUUUUUGCAUGCUUUAUAAACGAAAAUAAUUUUACAAUUUAUUUAUGCAUUUGGCCUUUUCUAUUACAGCACCCAUUCAUCGUUGAGCUUGUAUAUGCGUUCCAAACUGAUGGAAAAUUAUAUUUAAUUUUGGAGUAUUUAAGUGGCGGUGAAUUAUUUAUGCAUUUAGAGCGUGAGGGCAUAUUUUUGGAGGAUACAACAUGCUUUUAUCUAAGUGAAAUUAUACUAGCUUUGGGACAUUUACACAAAUUGGGCAUUAUUUAUCGCGAUUUGAAGCCAGAAAAUAUCCUUUUGGACGCACAAGGACAUGUAAAAUUAACUGAUUUCGGGUUGUGUAAAGAGCACAUCCAAGAAGGUAUCGUUACGCACACGUUUUGUGGCACAAUAGAGUAUAUGGCACCUGAAAUCCUUACUCGCAAUGGCCACGGAAAAGCAGUUGAUUGGUGGUCAUUGGGUGCAUUAAUGUUUGAUAUGUUAACAGGCAUGCCACCAUUUACUGCUGAAAACAGAAAGAAAACUAUCGAAACGAUUUUAAAAGCUAAACUAGUUCUACCUGCCUACCUCACGCCCGAAGCUAGAGAUUUAGUGCGUCGUUUGAUGAAACGCCAAGUGCCACAAAGACUGGGAAGUGGUCCAGAAGAUGCGGCCGCCGUACAGUCACAUCCAUUCUUUAAACAUGUUAAUUGGGAUGAUGUAUUGGCCCGGCGACUGGAGCCACCAAUCAAACCUAUUUUGCGAAGUGAGGAUGAUGUGUCUCAAUUUGAUACAAGAUUUACAAGACAAAUACCAGUUGACUCUCCAGAUGAUACAACGCUUAGCGAGAGUGCCAACUUAAUAUUUCAAGGUUUCACAUACGUAGCACCUUCAAUUUUAGAGGACAUGCACCGCGUCAAUCGCAUGCCAGCAAGAUCACCAAGACGUACACCAAGACAGCAUCAUGAAGGAUCAUACCGCAUGCAAUUUCCGCCACAACGUGGCAUUUAUCCACGAGCCACGCCACCACAUUUACAAGCUUUUCCGCCACGCCCAUCGCCACAGGACGAAAUGAUGGAUGUACAGGGUGUCCCUAUUGUGUAGUUAAAGGCGGACAGCAACGGCAAACCCACAUUGGCUACAGCCAAUGCAAGAGCAAAUAUAAACACGCGGCCGAGGAAUAUUAAUGAUGGUGGUAGUAGUGCGAAGAAGAAUUAAAUGAAUCACUAUAAGCAGAGAAAAUAGAAACUGAUUAUGAAACUGCAAACAAACAAACAGCAGCAAACAUUUUUUUUAGAAAAUAUGUAGAAAUAUGUUGCUUAAGAUUAUUUAUACAAAUACAACUUCAAACGUUGAUGAAACUUAAGAGGAACAAUGUAUAAUAACGAGAUGUAAAGAAGAUCUUUUGGAAUCAAAAUGAUGAUACCCAGAAACCUAAACACUUAAAAACGAGUAAAACAAUGAAAACCAAUACCAACAAGUAAACUGAACGAGACCAGAAUGAGUCGACAUUGAAGUUUUGCCGGCUUAGCAGUUGGAAUUUAUUUGUGCGCGUAUACAACAAAUAGUUAAUAGAUUUAGUAUAAAAAAAGAAAAAAGUGAGAACAACAGCGAUUAAGGCUAAUAUUAUGAAAUCUAAUUAUUAAAUACAUAUAUAAAUAGAUAUAACUCAAUUGCAACAGAAACGAAUAUAUGCAAGUAAUUGAAAAUAGUUAGCUCUUAAUAUAAAAGAACGAUUGUAACGAAUAAGAAAAACAUACAUAUAGUCAAACUUUCGUGCAUUGCCUAAUUUGUCGCCGCAUCGCUCGUUGUUGCCUACUGGCAUGUGGUUUUGCGCUUUUUAGCAAAUCCGCCCACGUCAUCAUGAACCGCUUUUUUAUUAUUGCAUAUUAUUAAGACAUGUAAAUACACAAAUAUUUCAAACAAAAUGAGGGAGCCAACUCUUCUGUCAACACCAUCGCUAUCAAUUAUAUUGUUACUGGUACCAGAGGACAUAAGCUGCAUACAUAUAUACAUUAGGGGCAACAACCAACAAAGAUAGUGGUUAUUGUUGUAUUGGUGAAAAUAGGCGUAGAAUUUAUGUUCAGUUCCCUUUACUUAGUUCAAUUUAGUUUAUAUAAAUGUAUAUUGAAAAGGAAUGUAAACCGUUAGUCAACAUAAUAUUAAACUAUUGUUAAUAAUGAAAUAUAUGUGGGAAUUUAAGCUUGCAAUAUGUGCACUGCUACUAAUUCAGAUAUGAAAGUGCCACAAAUGUAAAAAUUUAUAAUAAAAACUAAAAUAUUUAAGUAAAUAAUUGAGCACUAUUGAGUUUGUCACACUAUCGUCGUUAUGGAAACACAUUGCCAAAACAAAAGUGGAAGUGACCCGUAUUUAAUUGAGCGUUUAGAAGGACUUCUCAUAAUUUUUUUUACUAUUGUAAUCAUUGUUUUUAUUGAAAAUUUACUUGAGUUAAACUUUUUAAGGAAUGGAAUAAACAAAAUAGUUUGUUUUUAAAAAAGAUAAUUCAUUGAGUUCAGUCGCAGUAAUAGUAAGUAAUAUCAUAUUCUUUAUGGUUUUUACGUUACUUUAAAUAUUUAUAAUAAACACAUAAACGGUUUUUAAGCUCGUUUAGUUUUUUGGUAAAUACACCAUUUAUUUUGAAGUGUCAUAACUCAAAAUCGAUCUUAUAUUAAGUUACUUUAACAUAUACAUUGUUUAUGAUUCCUCGCAACAACAAAUGGAAAAUAUGCAAAUGCAACUAGCCACAUUUUUUCACACUUAAUGUUUUCACAUUUAUCUAGUAUAAUUUACAUAUUGAUAUACAUUUGUUUUUGUCUGAAUAUAUUAGCUUUUGAGUUACUCCGCCUAUACUUUUAUUAACCGAUAGUUAUGUGUCGAUUCCAACCCGGCGAUUCAGUUUAAAACAGAACAACUCAUAUCGGAAAAAACAUAAUUUAUAAUAGUUUAUCCAGAACUCUGCCAAACAUUAGAUUGUUAUCUGAAUUAAGUAUAAUAGAUCUUUUUUGAAAUUUUAAAUAUUUGAAAUGCUGUAGAUUUUUAAGCAAUUAAAAUAUUUUUUUUGUUAAAUUGUGAGGAAUAUUUCUAUUGAAAAAUUGCAGGAGUUCGAACAAAACAAGAACCAAGUUGUUGUUGCCAGAGCCGGUACAUAUUUCUCUUAAUUCCGAUAUUUUAAUUUGAAAUAAACUUUAGUAUAUUUGUAAUACCUGUAGAAAUUGACAGAUGUACAUAUGUAUAUAAAAUUAUAAAGUCAUCUGCAAAUGUGUCAACCAAAUGUCGUAACUGUUUGUAUGAAGUAGUAUGUAUAAUACUUGGUCCCGUUUUUUCUCCUAAAUCGCAAUUUUUCUUAACGCUACUACAACGGUUUAAGUCAAAGAUAGAUUUAGCUUAGAGAAUGACACAAUGUUUGAAAUUUUGUUGAAUACACAUCGAAAUAUAUAUAACAAAAUUUACAAGCAUCUAAAGGAUCUGUAAAUUGUAUAAAUUUAUUGGGCAGCAAUUUUCAUUCCCUCAAAAAACUGAAUAUACAAUGCUUAAAAGGUUAUUUGUCUUUUUCAAAAUUUUUUAGUGGUUUGUUUCGAAAAAUUGUGCAUAUUAUUUUAUUUUGAUAUAAUGUAUAAUAAGAAAAAAAUAUAUAAAUAAUAAUUAUUAUAAAAUACGAUAAAAAGAUAUUGUGUUUAAGAUACAAAAAUAUAAUCUUUCUUUUAUGCAAAAAACUGAAAAGGCCCUUCCGUAAUAUAAUUGUUUUAAACGAAGGCAAAAUAUUGGAUUAAUUAGAUAAGUAUGCAAAAAUAUAUAGAUUUCGAGUGAAUAUUAAAAUGAAAUACGUAAAUUCUUUAAUGUCACAAAAUAAGACAUUUCUUAUCAUCAAAAACACCACUACAAAAGGAAUUUAAUAAAGCGCUGGCGUAAAAAACUGCAUCCUUUCCCUGGUUCAUAUACUUUCAUUUGAAUAUUUCAAGAAAUUUAUUAUUUCCGAAGAACAAAAAUAUGUUUAUUAUACAUAUGAUUUGCACAAAACAGGCCAACAAUACAAAAAUAGAAGAAAAAUUAAAAAAAAAACAUUGUUUGCAUAUACUACAUGCAAUAAAACUGUUUCAUAUUUAAUAUACAAUAUUUUAUACAACAAUGUGAGCAAAUUAAAGUAUGGAGUAAAAGUAAUUUGCAUGGUACAAUAAUGUGUGAACAAACAUUAAAAAAAUACCAAAUUAAAAGUAAUAUUAAAUUGAUUUGACAUAAUUAUUAAUUGAAGAAUAUGCGUAUUACUUGCCAAUUGCAAAAAUUUAUUGAAAAUAAGUUUAAUAUAAUUGAAAGUUAUUUUUAAAAAGUAUAUUGGAAAGUUUAAGUUUUUAUUGCCUUUUCUACAAUAAAAUAACUUAAUUUUAUUAGUAUCGAUUCUGAAAUUAUAAACUUAUUCAAUGUUUAAUUUGAAUACGAUAUUUGAAUUUUGGACUUGAUCUAAUUCAAAUUCUUAAGUGAAGACACAGCGUGUAUUUUUCAAUUUUAUAUUCAUUUUAUUUUCUUUAAAUGAAACAACAUUAAUAUCUACAUACAUAUAUAUGCAUAUAAUAUUGUUUUUUGAUGAAAUCAAAAGGUGCUAAACUUAUUUAAGCGUAAAGCUAAAAGAAAUAAAAAGAAAAUAAAUAUAAAAAUACACAAAAAAUAAAAACAAAAUUAUCUCGAUAAAAAUAUGUAUAUUGAACCAAAUCUGUAUGCAAUAAAAUUCCUAGAUUGCAAAUAAAAAAGUGAGCAACAGCAGCGUUACAGUAAAUACCUCAAGAGCAAUUAUUUUUGUUACAAAAAAUGUUUAAUGUACAUACAUAAAUACGUAUGAAAACUAAAAUACACAAAAUCAACCGAAAGAAACACAACAAAAGUAGUUUGAAAAUUAUUACUUAAGGAAAAAUAAUAAAUUGUAUAUUUUUAUAGUUACAAUUUAAAUCAUUUAUGUAUAUGCUAUUUUACAGUUAACACGACCCUGUUUCUUUUAUAUGCUUCAUAAUUUUUUUAUAAGCAAACAGUUCAAAAAUGACUACAGCAGAAAAAAAAUGGCGCUAAACUAAACAUGUACAUACACAUAAACAUAAACAUUGCUGAAUAGUUACAAAAACAUACACAAACACAUGCACAGUAUGCAGUAUAAGAAAUGUCUUAUUUUUAUUGUAGAUAAAUUAUAGACAAGAAUCAAUGCUGAAAUAAAAAAUAUACAAAAUUUAUAAUGUUUACAAAGAAUGAAAUAAAACAAGAAAAUGUGUAAAAAAUUCAAGCUAUUUAACGUGUAUAUAACUGAAUUAAUUAUACUAUAUACGAAGGCAGAGGGACAAUUUUCAUGUUGGCUCUUUCUACAAAUAUUUUAUUAUUUUACGUAAGUCAUUAGUAAGGUUUUUUUUUUCGUUUUUCUUAUAUUUUGCAUGUAUACAUAUACAUACUUACAUAUACACAGGCCAAAUCCUCAACUCAGGAUUGCGGUUAUAUAUGUACAUAGGAUUUUGUUCAUUUUGAAUUAUCAUAUAUAAUAUUUUGUCCAUGAAAGUCUUCCCCACAAUAAUUCAUAUGAUUUCUGCUUACGAACAUUUUAUUGAUAAAGAGCUUAUAGAACCUGAUCAAAACUUUCUUGAUAAUAAACAUAUAAAACAAGAAACAGUUCGCUGUUUGAAAGAAACGUGCAACACUGCCUUUUGUUCUCAACUGUCAAUACAAAAUACAUAUUUACCAUCUAUGUAUGUGACACAACAUUUACAUAUGUACAUACAAAGCACAUAUAUGUAUACAUGUAUAUAUAUAUACAUUAUAUAUGGUAUGUAUAUGCAAAUAUAAUAAUUACAAUGGCAUUGAACAUAAAAUAUGAAACACAAAUGUACAUAGGUAUUCGUAUGUAGACUUAAGACAUAUAAGUAUGUAUGCAUAUAUACUAUGUCUACAUGCAUAUAUGUACAUAUAUAUAUGUAUGUAAGUAUGCACACAUAUAUAUAUAUAAUUCGUUAAAGAUCGUUUCGAUAAUGUGAAAACUAUUCCUAUUUGCAGAAAAGAGAAGACUAUAAAAAACUUGUAUCAAAUAAAUAACGGAAUAAAAUAAAAGUUUUAGAUGCGUAAUAAA